AUGUCGAAUCCAGCCCCUCAAUCGUCGAUAAUCUCUGUCAAUCCUGAUCCGACUUCAAUUUCAGGUGAGAAAUUGACUCCUAAGGGCCCUCUCAACUGGAAGAAAGUCUUCCCGAAAGUAAAUCAAAAUCUUGAAUAUUUUGAAGGCGUUGAGCAUAGCAAUGUGAAGCCUCCUUCGGAAUUUCUACAGUUUGGUGUUGAUCAAUGGUGUUUUACACUAAUUGGAAGAUUUUUGGGCAAAACCCCUGACUUUGGAAAGGUUGCCUCGGUGGUCAAUGGUUUAUGGGGAAAACACGGGAGGGUGACAGCGAGUACACUGGGAGAUUUGUUCAUCUUCCAGUUCCCGUCUGAAGCAGUAAUGUCUUGGGUUCUGGAGACGGGACCAUGGCAUGUAGAGAGAAAGUUCUUAAUUUUGCAGAAAUGGAGCCCUCAUUUCACUGAAGAGGAACUAAACAUGAGGAAGAUGCCAAUCUGGGUUCAAUUGCGGAAAAUUCCUCUGCAGUACUUCCAUCCCAAGGGCAUUAGCUACUUAGCGAGCGCCAUUGGUAAGCCUCUUUUCAUGGACAGAGCUACUGCUCUCCGAUCAAGGUUGGAAUAUGCAAAGGUAUGUAUUGAAUUGGAUGUUGAUAAGGAAAUCCCGGAGUUUCUGAAUGUUGAUUUGGAAAAUAAUCGCUCAGCAGAAGUUCUAGUGGACAUUCCUUGGUUGCCAGACAAAUGUGACCACUGCAAGGUCUUUGGUCAUCAAUGCAAUAGCUCAGCGGAGGUGCCACCAGUAGCUGAGAAAACUCCAAACGUUCAGCCUGCUAAGGAGAACUGUCAUACUGUAGAAGCUACAUCCCCUGCCAGCCCAACUACUGUGGAGGAGACUCGGGCUACUGAGACGACGUCUCGACAUGCUGGCAAGGCCCGACGGAGAUGUAUCGCUACUGAGAAAGCUUCCCCUGCUGUUGUCACAACUCUCACUGACCAGAAUGAGUUCCUGGGAGACUUGAUUAGUGAAAAGGGUAAGGUCCCUUUAUCGUUUGAACUAGGCGAGGACGAGGAAGGCCGUAAGGGGGUCACCAGCUCUGAUGAUGACCGGGAAAUUGCUACAAAAGUGAAAGAGGCUCGGCCGGGGGCACAUCGGCAACCUAGAAGUGCAUCGAAAGGAGUAGUCCAGGCAGUCUUGAAAGUGCAAGGAUCAAGGAAGUCAAGGUUGGGUAAGGGUGGUAAACCUCCCAAACGAACCCAAUGA